GUGGGAAGCCUUGUCCGUUUCCCCCAUCCGUCUCCUCCGAGGUUUUAUCCACUUGUACUUCAUAUUUGCUAUCAUUCGUUUAUCCAUAAACAACUUUUUGAAUCCAUCUUUUGCAUCUUCCAUACCCUUAAUCUUAGCUGUCUUUUUUUUCGACUUAAUUCGAAGGCAAUCGAAUGAGAAAUGACUUCUUCGUCUCCACGAAGCCUUAAAAUGGGCCUUCCUAUGCUUCAGAUUCCUAAUUCACCCAGAUUACCAAGACAGCAGCUCAAAUUAGACAUUUCAUGUGCAACUUCAUACGAACAAACCACAAACCACAGUGCAUUUGCGAGUGAGGGUAUCGUGGAGGUCACAGAACCGCUGUUUGCGAAUUCUCGGGAUCCUUACUCGCGGAAGGAGAAUACAUAUGUAGAACAGUUUGUCCCGCCGGAGUCAUUGGAAGGGUUGGACGACACCGAUUGGCAGAAUAUACAGCGACAGGGUGGAAUCCUACACUUAAACAAGCUUGGAGAAGGCGCCGGAGGGUUUGUUCGACGGUGUAAGCUUCGUAAUUCGAAUCUUGUGUUUGCAUUAAAGACCAUUCCUGUUGCCUCAAAUCAGCAGGUUCAGAAACAACUGCUACGGGAGUUGCGGAUUAAUCGGAGCUGCAACUCUGAAUUUAUCGCUAGGUACUACGGUGCCUUCCUUGAUGACUCUUCGGGGCAAGUAAACUUUGUAAUGGAGUACUGUGGAGCUGGCUCCCUGGACGCUAUCUACAAACGCAUUCGUUCACGCGGUGGCCGUACGGGUGAACGGCCCUUGGGAAAGAUCGCUGUCGGUGUUAUGAAUGGGCUCUGUUAUUUACACGAACAAAAGAUUGUGCACCGAGACAUCAAACCCUCUAACAUCCUCUUAACUUCCGAUGGCCAUGUGAAGCUCUGCGAUUUCGGCGUUUCCGGUGAGCUUGUCGACUCUUUGGCCGGUACGUUUACGGGAACGUCUUACUAUAUGGCGCCUGAACGCAUCUCUGGCGAAUCGUACACCAUCUCCUCUGAUAUUUGGUCGCUAGGACUGACACUUCUUGAAGUAGCUUCUAAUCGGUUUCCCUUUCCUCCAGAAGGCGAACCUCCGCUAAUGCCUAUUGAACUCCUUUCCUAUAUCAUCAACAUGCCUCCCCCGACGCUCCCUGAAGAAGCUGGCAUUCAGUGGAGCCAAGCAUUUCGACACUUUUUGCAAGUUUGUUUAAUCAAGGACAAAACCAAGCGUCCUGGCCCGCAUAAAAUGAUGUUGCAUCCCUGGAUUAAGGGUUCUGCCGCUUGCAACGUUGACAUGUCUUUGUUUAUAGAAGAAGUUUAUAAUUAAUGAUAAAUAUUACUCUUUCUUGGAUGAAUA